CCCUCCUUGACCCCUCCAUCGCUUGAUAGUUACUCCGGCUAGUGCGCUAUAGAAGUAGAAUGCUGCAGAACCCUGCAUGCUAUAGACCUUAAAAUUAACAUAGAAGAGGGUCGUGUCUUCAAUUUAUCUUGGCCCAAUUCACCUCUAGAGAAAUCGCAUCAUGGGAAGUCACUCUACCUGGGAUAUCCCUUUCGAUGAACUCCCCAACCCUAGACAAGUUUGGGUUGGAGAGCCGGGGAGCCAUGAAGAGGGACUGGGAAAACUCGCCAUUCUGACCCCAGAGGUAGUGGCCAAGGCAGCGGCAGCUGAGAUCAAGACCGGCCGACGAGUCACAAUGAACUGGGAUAUGACGAAGCUUGACUAUCCGAAUUUGAACCGACAGCCCUGCAAUCAUCAGAUCAUUCCGCUGCUUGGCGGAGUCGCGUUUGAUGAUAUAUAUACGAUGAAUCCUCAGCAGAGCAGUCAAUGGGAUGGACUAAGGCACUUUUCGCAGACCGUUCCUGGGAAGAAAGAGCGUGUAUUCUAUGGCGGCACGACGGUUGAGGAGAUCAAUGACCGUAAGAACGACCGAAUCGGUCUGCAGCACUGGGCGAAGGAGGGCAUUGCAGGACGAGGCGUCUUGAUUGACUACACGACAUGGGCAGAGAAGAAGGGGAUCAAAUAUACCACCUUCUCGACGCACCAGGUCCGCUUGUCGGACAUCUUGGAGAUUGCCAAAGAAUGUAACAUCACAUUCCAAAAGGGCGAUAUCCUUUUUGUGAGGGUUGGGGUCACCAAGGAAUGGGAUACUAUCAUGACCGAUGCGCAGAAGCAGCAGUAUUCCGAUAACCCGAGCCCAGAGCACGCCGGAGUCGAAGCAACCACUGACGUGCUUCGAUGGCUGUGGAAUACGGGGUUUGCGGCGAUCGCUAGCGAUGCGAUCAGCUGGGAGGUCUAUCCGCCCCAGAACCCUGAUGUGUUCUUGCACGAGUAUGUGCUUGCCGGAUGGGGAAUGCCAAUUGGAGAGCUUUUCGAUCUGGAAGCGCUGGCUACCACAUGCCAGGAGCUUCAACGCUGGAGUUUCUUCGUCACCUCGGUGCCUUUGAACAUGCCUGGUGGAGUGUCAUCUCCUCCAAAUAUGAUGGCAAUCUUUUAGGUUAUGUACUGGUAGGGAAGAAUCGACUGAUUCUUAGAAAGUUUUGAGGAUGCCGGACUACGUAAGGCAACUACGUUAAGGCAGCAGCGGUAUGACCCUGGGGAGGACAUCGAGGAAUGACAACUAAUAAGUCGAACAUGAAGCAUUGCAAUCGAUUCUGUAUCAGAUUCAUAAUGCCCCUUGCUACGGAGUAGUUCCUAUACAGUCUGAAGCCGAUGUACACAGGAGGCAAGUCGGUCGCACAGAGCACUACUCACCGUUCGGGCUAUAAGUAAAUACCGAGAUGAGCAGAGUCACCGGUCCACACCCCAAUCCCGGUUGAGAAUAUACACUGGUCUAUUUUUGAUGGUGUAUUGCAAGUUUGCAACGGUCGG